AUGUUGACGGGCCAAGAUGUGCUCAAGCAUGCGCAGGCCGAUGAUUUGUGGAUGAUCAUCAACGGCAAAGGUAAGUGGAGCGUAGCCCGGCCAUGUCGCCUGCCGACGUACAGUGCUGACGCACAUGUCGUCUCGCUUGCCAACAGUGUACGACUUGACCGACUUUGCUCCUAAUCAUCCCGGUACGUUAAACGACGCUUCGACCUGGCGCCGCGCUCUUACCACGUCGCUACAAUCCAGCGAUCAUGCAUUCGUGGCACUUCCCCGCAUGCCCGCACCGGGCGAGCGCUUCAAGCCAAGCACGUGACGCGGCCCCAAUCAGCAAUUGGCGAACUUUCUGACUUGGUUCUUGGGCUGGUGUGCAGGUGGAAUGCGCAUCUUGCUCAAGUACGCGGGGAAAGAUGCGACGGAAGAAUAUGUCAGUCCACCACGAGCCCUACCAUACCUCCUGAAGUCGUUCGAAAGAUUUGCUCAACCCCUCGGACCAACUUUCUUGAUUUGCCACGCAGGAACCGAUUCAUCCACCGGGUAAGCUAUUGUAGACGCGGGAGGUGAUAGGCGACUGUCUCCAGGACAUACCUCAUGUUUCAUUCAUUCGUUCCUCAGGUACGAUCGAAGACACGCUCUCCCCUGACAAGCACCUCGGUCCCGUGGACAUGACCACGGUCGAAAAAGUAGUCGUCCAAACCGCCGCUGCGUUCGAUCCGACAAAGCAGUUGAUCUCGUUGGGCGAGUGCCUCAAUUUAUUUGAUAUCGAGGUGAGUAACCCUUUUUUUGAAUCCUGAGGGCCUCUGGGCCGGAGUCGCUGAUUUUUUGACUUUCGCUUUCUUCAUAGCGCGCCGCCGAGGCAAAAUUGAAGGCCAAGGCGUUUGGUGAGAACAAGUUGCUCCUCAGGUCUCGUAGCAUCGGGAUGAAUCAUUCUGAUUGAGGUCACGGCUGGUCACAGCAUACUAUGCAAGUGCCGCGGAUGACGAGCGAACCAAAGUUUGGAACCAUCAAGCUUUCAGUGCGUUUCUUCGGGUUUUCAAAUUCGGCCCCUUACCAACCCAUUUACGCGUGUUCUUAACCUGCCCAUUAUCAAUAGCUGAGAUCAGGAUGCGACCCAGAACCUUACGCAACGUGACCGACAUCGACCCUACGACAAUGAUGCUUGGUCACCCCAUCUCCUUACCCAUUUUCAUCGCCCCAGCCGCCAUGGGUCGGCUCGCCCAUCCCGAAGGCGAACGCUUGCUCGUCAAAGUCGCGGGUAUCUACAAGAUCCCUUAUAUGGUCUCUGCGAACGCGUCCGUUUCGUUCGAGGAAAUUGCAAGCCUCAAAGUACCGGGACAGUUGUUGAUCUAUCAGGUGCGUCAUUCAUCACACCGCGACCACCUUCCAAGUACGAGUCAAAGAAAUUGUUCUCGUUUUCGCGAACUGGCAUGACUUAUCCUAUCCCUUUCACCUUCAGCUAUACGUCCACAAGGAUCGUCAACGUACCGAGGAAACACUACGCAAAGUCGUCGCGGCAGGUUACUCCGCCAUCUGCCUUACAGUCGAUACCCCCGUCGCGGGCAAACGCGAGCGGGACGAACGAGCGACGCUCGACGCCGAAUCCGCCGCCGAUGCCGCUUCCUCCAAACAAGGUGUCGCGCCACCCGCAUCCAACCAGGGUUCAUCGACGGGGAUCGGUCAGAUCUUGACGAGUACCUUUGAUGCCGAUCUGAACUGGUCCGAUUUGGCAUGGAUCAAACGCGUCACAGGGGGGUUGCCCCUGAUCGUCAAAGGGAUCCAAUCCGCCGAAGAUGCGGCGCUGUGCGUCCAUCAUGGCGUCGAGGCGAUCUACCUCAGUAAUCACGGUGGCAGGCAAUUGGAAGGUUCUCCAGCGGGAGUGGAAACUUUGUUGGAGAUUAGGGCGCAUGAGCCGCACGUUUUGGACAAGUGUGAAGUGUAUUUGGAUGGGGGGGUAAAGAGAGGGACGGAUGUGUUGAAGGCUUUGGCGUUGGGGGCCAAGGCGUGUGGGAUGGGAAGGCCUUGUGAGUUCAAGUAUUCUUUCUCCCAAAUCUUGCGACGGCCUUGGGCGGCAGCUGAUCCUAGAUGUCUGCACCGCCAGUCCUCUUCUCCCUCGCCUUUGGCGAGUUGGGCGUCGAAAAAGUCGUCACCAUCCUCCGUGACGAAAUUAUUCUCAACAUGCGCCUCUUGGGCGCGAUCAAGAUCGACGAGAUCGUACCUUCCAUGGUCAAUGCCAGAGCAUUGGAGGCGGACGUCAUUUCCAAGGAGGAAUACGCGUCACCGUUGGGACAAGUUGUCGCACCGAGCGGAGGGGGUUUCGUCGCUGGUGUGAAGGGUUUGCUUCAGAGUGUAGUUUCGAAAGCGCGGUUGUAG